AUGGCUGACGAUAGAGAACAUGAUCGCUUCCUUGGAUUGGAUAGAGAAGAUGCUGACUUCGCCAAAAAGACUGUUGGAAAUCUCGUUUUGAACGCUGUAACAUGGCCUCUUCAAUGUGUCAAGACUUUGAUUCAACUCGGACAUGAACCAUUCCCAUUGUCAACCGGAAGAGUCUUCGUUUGUGCUGGAAGAAAUGCUUAUUUCCUUCCUAACGCUUUCAGCUACGGAAGACAACUUGCUACCCAACAGGGAUUCACUAUCCUUUACACUGGAUUGGAUGCUGCUUCUGUUGCUCUUAUUACUAAUAAGCUCACUACUCGUUGCAUGAUCAAGUACAUUGACAAGAACUACCCUGAGAUCGGAGGUAUUGAAGAAGUACCUCAAGAUGCUGAAGAGAAAGAUCUUACUGACCACCAAUCUUUCAAGCGUCAGCUCCGCAAUGCUAUUCGCGAAAGUGUUGUUGUUGUAGCAGCAACUGUUGUAUCUCGUCCUUUCACAGUUAUUGCUAUCCGUCAAAUCGGCCAACUCAUCGGAAAAGAAGUCAAGUAUGGCAGUGUCUUCUCCAGUCUUAAGAUAAUCGGAAACGAAGAAGGACCAGCUGGAUUGUUCAGUGGUCUCGUUCCUCAAAUUGUCGGUAAUUUGGUCAUUGUUUGGGGAGUUCAUGCUCUCGGACAUAUCGCUGACAGAGCUCUGGUUCACGCUGGUGUAUAUGAGGAAGAAGACGAACAAAGCAAGAAGAAUGCUAAAGAUCUUGGGGCCUUCCUCAACAUUGCUGUCCCAUAUAUUGUUAACUCUUGGUCAUAUCCAUAUACUGUGGUGAGCACUGUUAUGGCUGUUGCUGGAUCCGGCUUGGCUGUAUCGGUCCUUCCAUAUUCACCUUCAUUCGGAGCUUGGCAGAAUGCCUUCGAUUAUCUCUCUCCUAGUGGAUUGAAGAGAGGAUCUCGCCUCUUCCUCCGUGAACAAAUUGGAGCAGUCUCUGUCGGAGCUGAUCAACAACUUUAUGCCAGCAACAAACAUUUCGUUUAG